GAAACAUUUAAAAAAUGUCAAAAUUUUCGCUUCUACCAUUUUUUUACAUUAUUUUUGUUUGCUAUUCCAAAGCUAAUCCCCUUAAUCGUGUAGUUGGUGGUCAAAACGCAAAUGAAGGACAAUUCCCUUAUCAAGUUUCUUUAAGGCGUAAUGGUUCACAUACGUGUGGUGGCUCUAUAAUAUCCAGGAAUUUUAUUUUAACUGCAGCUCAUUGUGUAGGCACAACCGAUAGUGAGGGAAAUUAUUAUUCGUACGAUCCAAGUGUUUUUACAGUUCGUGCUGGUACUACAGAUCGAUUUCAAGGUGGAGUUUUAAUGAAGGUUGCUGAAGUUAUAACACACGAAGACUACGGCAAUUUCUUAAAUGAUGUUGCCUUACUACGCCUCGAAGAACCUAUCAUAUUCUCUGACAACAUUCAACCGAUUCCAUUGGCUACAACUGAAGUUCCUGUUGGUGAAAUAGUGACAAUUUCCGGUUGGGGCCGCAUUAAGCAAGGUGGUGAUUCACCCCAAAAACUUCAAUGGAACGAACUAACUGCAAUUUCCCGAAACGAUUGUAAGGAAAAAAUUGGUAUGGAUUCAGACUCCCUUAUUUGUUUGGCUCACCCACCUAAUAACGGCGCCUGCAAUGGCGAUUCCGGAGGACCCGCUUUAUAUAACGGGGAAGUAGUUGGAAUUGCAGGCUUUGUAUAUAGUGGUUGUGGUUCCUCAUACCCUGAUGGGUAUGCCAAAGUUUAUUAUCAUGUUAACUGGAUUAAAAAUCAUUCUGACUUGUAAUUAAAGCUAUUAAUUUCCUUAACUUCGAAAAAAUUAAAAUUGUUUAUAUCUAAAAAAUA